AUGUGGGAAAAAUGUGGGACAAUCCGGGCAACUUUCAUUAUCAAAAUGCCCGAUUUCUUUAAUCCCACGACGGAAUUUUGGGUCCUCAGGUUUUGUUGUGAUAUCCAUCGUUUGGAUAGUGAUAUGAAAUCGAAUUUUAUUGUUGUUCAAGGCAGAAACUUUAUGGGCCCAAACAUAACGAUCUUUUAUCCACCUAGGAGUGGAUUGCUUGCCAUUACGCCCUCAGUCCGGAUGAAUUAUAUUCAAAAACUUACUGUUGCAAAUCCUAAAAACCUAGCUAUGCCUCUGCUAGAACUUCCACUACCGGAAUCCCCCACAACUCCUUUGAAUUUUGAUGAGUUUGUAUUCCUCGUGAUGACUCUUCGUGAAAGUUUCACGAAACCAAAUAGUGGAAUCUCAUCUCAGAACUCUCGGAGGGUCCCCAUGUUGUCAGCUGCAUCGCAAAAUACGGGGACUGAUGAGAAGCAAAAUUUUAGACACUGCAUUCCUAAUGAUAGGCUGAAUAUAUGGGUUCAGGUAUUUAGUUGGUUUCCACAACCACCACCGUUCAUUCGAUCCUUGUCUACGAUUUCAGAAGAGACGAGACAUGAAAUAGGUGCUGAAGUUCUUCUGAGGAGUGAAGUAAAUCAGAAAUCUUUCGAAAAACGGGCAAAUUUUACAGCCUGCCAUGGAUGCAAUAUUCCAAAGAAUAGUAAAUCAUACUGGUACGCUUUAAGUAAUGGACAACCUGAAAAGUUAACUUUAAGCUGA